AAUAUUUCACUGGGUAGACCAUAGAAUUUGUAAAGCUACCAAAUCUCCACAGAGAAAGGCCAUGGUUUUCAUUUCAUUUUACAUGCAUUUGUCAAGCUCAAAUUGUUCGUGUUUCAAAUGGAUCGUAAUCUUCAUGUUCUUGUACAUGUUCGCAUUAUCUCAAGCUGAUCCAAGGAUUUCCGAAGCUGGGCUUUUCUGUGGCAAAUCAAGGCCGCCUCCAAAUGCCAGUUACAUCCCACUGUUUGUUAAAGAAAUGAGAUUUCUUUCUCAACUCGUGACAUCCCAGAAUUGGGGUAGUUCUGCAAUGAAUAAUAGUGCUAUUUCGAUUUAUAGUUUAGCCCAUUGCUAUAGAGAUUUAUCACACGAUGAUUGUCUACAGUGCUACGCCGCAAGUCGAACCCUCCUCCCCCGCUGCCUUCCCGCCGUGAGUGGCCGUAUAUUUCUCGAUGGGUGCUUUUUGCGGUACGAUAAUUACAGUUUUUUAGGAGAAACAGUAGACCCAAAUUGGGAUAAACGGAAUUGUAACAGUUCAAUUGAUGAUAAUAUAAAUCAGAUUCAGUUCACGCGAUCGGAAUUUAAUAAAACUGUUGAGGAUCUGAUUCAUAAUGUUACAACAAGUGCAGCAUUGAACGAUGGUUACGCGGUGGCCGGCUUGAAGGGUGUUUAUGGUUUGGCUGAUUGUUGGAAAACUUUGAGCACAAAUGGUUGCAGAGAGUGUUUGACGGCGGCGGGUAGGGAGGUGAUGGAGUGUUUGCCCAGCCGGGAAGGCAGAGCAAUGAACGCUGGUUGUUAUUUGAGAUAUUCUACUAAGAAAUUCUACUCUAAUCAUUCUGAUACAACAAAUCAGAGUUCCGAAAUGUUGAAGACGGGGACAGUUUUGGCAAUUGUUUUGUCGGUAUCGGCCUUCUCUAUGCUCUCUGUAUUUUGCGGUUAUGCAGUCUACAGAAGAUGGAAUAAACGAAAUCAAGCAAGAAAAAAUCUUGGCCUAAUUUCAUGUUCUUACAACAAGUCGAAUUUGAAUUUCAAAUACGAAACUCUCGAGAAAGCAACAAACUAUUUUGAUCCUUCUAGAAAAGUAGGACAAGGAGGAGCCGGAGCUGUGUAUCGAGGAACCCUAACAAAUGGAAAGACUGUGGCCGUGAAAAGAUUGUUUUUCAGCACUAGACAAUGGGUUGAUGAGUUCUUCAAUGAGGUUAAUCUCAUCAGUGGAAUUCAACAUAAGAAUCUUGUGAAGCUUUUGGGUUGUAGUAUUGAAGGCCCCGAGAGCUUGCUCGUUUAUGAAUUUGUACCUAACAAGAGCCUUGAACAAUACCUCUUUGAUGACAAGAAGGUUAAGAUUUUAAGUUGGAAGGAACGCUACGAUAUUAUAGUCGGAACAGCAGAAGGUAUUGCUUUUCUCCAUGGAGGUUCAGAAUAUAGAAUAAUUCACCGGGACAUUAAGACUAGCAAUGUUCUUCUUGAUGAGAAUCUUAAUCCCAAAAUUGCGGAUUUUGGACUAGCUCGAAGUUUUGCCGUUGAUAGAUCUCAUCUUAGCACAGGAAUUGCAGGCACAUUAGGGUAUAUGGCUCCCGAAUACCUAGUAAAAGGACAACUCACGGAGAAGGCUGAUGUUUACAGUUUCGGCGUGUUGGUUCUUGAAAUGGUGUGCAAUAGAAAAAGUAAUGCUUUUGUCGAUGACUCGGGUUCUCUCCUUCAAUCGGUUUGGAAACUGUACAAGACAAAUAGAUUGACAGAAUCCGUCGAUCCUUCUUUAGAAGGCGAUUUUCCAGAAUGUGAAGCAUGGAGAGUGCUAAAAAUGGGGCUUUUGUGCACACAGGCUUCAGUUUCUUUAAGACCGUCCAUGUCUGAGGUUGUCCAAAUGCUUACUGAUUUCGACUGUCAAAUUCCCGAACCGAAUCAACCACCAUUUUUGAAAGCCAGCCUGCUUUCUGCAACCACCACUCAGUCAUCCUACAGCAUAAACGGUUUGGCAUCAAAUGCACAGACAAGAUUUGACGCAUUUUACACCUCCACAGAAACCUCUACUCAGAGUUCAGAUGCACAUCCCAGAAGUAAAGAACAGAGUAAAAUAUAGGAACCCGAGUUUUUUAUAUCAAGUGAAACACCAGCACAGCACAAAAAUCGAACAUACACAUCCGACGAAUGCUGCCUAGACAGCCACGAAUAAGGAAAUACAAGGGCAAGUUUUUGUACACUUUGUUAGUAUGGUACAGAAGCUCGACUCUGUAGAGAGUCUAGAUACCCCGCGAAUGUGUUAUAAACGUGCUCAUGAUCUACAGUAUAGUAUGAGGGAUAAGUUUUGAAAUACAGAAAUUGCUUGUCAAAUUGAAAAACGAGUACCUAUGUCUAGUCCUGCUUUUUUGCCAAGAGGCAAUCUUUUCUACUGGGGUUGCUUUGAUUUUUAUAAUAUAUUGUGACAUGCCAUCAUGACAUCAAAGAACGAAAUAUUUUCCAUCAAUUUGUAUUUUUUUUGCUAUAAAGUUGAAUUUUUCAUUGA